AGUACACACACCGUCGAUCUCGUCUACAACCCUCCAUUUCCGACAUCUGUCCCUUCCCAUUCUCUCUCACUAAUCGCUGUGCAUCCGUACUUCACAAGUAAACCUUUAAGCAAACAAACACCCUCACUUGCUAAUCAUGGACUUUCUUGCAAUUUCCAUGGCGAUUCUCUUGGCUAUGGCUGGUUAUUCAAAUGCAGCUUAUUGUGUAUGCAACACUGCACUGAGUAACGACGUUCUUCAAAAGAACAUUGAUUAUGCUUGUGGACAUGGCGCCGACUGUGCUCAAAUCUCUCAAAAUGGGGCUUGUUUUAACCCUAAUACAGUCAAGGAUCAUUGCAAUUUCGCUGUUAAUAGUUAUUAUCAAAAGAAAGGUCAAGUUCUAGGGAGCUGUGAUUUCUCAGGCACUGCUACUGUUAGCCAAACACCCCCUUCUGGUGCAAAUUCUGUUUGUUAUUCUGGGAACCCUAGUACUUCAACUCCAACACCACCAGCAACCGGAACCGGAACCCCGACCCCAGGAACCGGAACCCCGACCCCAGGAACCGGAACCGGAACCCCAACACCCGGAACCGGAACCGGAACUGGAACCCCAACACCAGGAACUGGAACUGGAACUCCAGGGUCCGGGACCGGAACCGGAGCUGGAACUACGGGGACUGGGACUGGAAGUGGGAGUGGCACAAUGCCUGGAAUCAAUGUGAAUCCACAGAGUGGACUUGGGCCAACAGGAACAACUGGAUUUUUGGCACUAAUGUUUGUGGUAUUGGCAAUUUGGUCCCUGUGUAAAGAUAAGGAUGGGGCUGAUACGUGUCGUUCCCACGUCUCCCCCACCGGUUCUGCCUCGGUUCCUGUGCUUCCCACGAAUUUUGUUCUGGAUUCCUCCAUUUCUGAACGAGUGAACGACACUUCUAAACACAACUACCUUCCGCAAUCCAUUUGCUUCCCUCUCAUCCCACCUCCACCGUCGCCUACCUCUAUUAGGGUUCGCUAUCUAAUCUGA